GUUACCAACUUUAAAAAUAACAACCUUUUGAAUUAAAAAGCCACAAAGCAAAGGAUUCAUCAUUCAUGGCUGCCAAGUUGAUAGCUUUGGCUUGCUUUCGCAGCGAAGGCUAUGGCGAUCUCUCGCCCAGGCCACACUAUCCCUCCAUGCCCAGUUACCCAAAAGGCAAGGGCGUGUCUACGCAAGAGAGCAGCAGCGUGGAGCAGGGUUCGUCGCCGCCUGAAGCCAAGGCUGCGACCUUCUCUGUUUUCGGAAUGACAUGCUCUGCAUGCGCUGGAUCGGUCGAGAAAGCCGUCAAAAGGCUUCCGGGGAUACGUGAGGCCGUCGUUGAUGUCUUGAACAACAAGGCACAGGUCCUCUUUUAUCCUACUUUCGUCAAUGAGGAGACCAUUCGUGAAACAAUUGAAGAUGUUGGAUUUGAAGCCACAUUGAUUGAAGAUCAGAUGAAUGAAAGAGCCAUUCAAGUAUGUCGAAUACAUAUAAAUGGAAUGACUUGCACAUCUUGCUCCUCCACUAUCGAAUCAGCUUUACAAGCAAUUCAUGGUGUACAGAAGGCUCAAGUGGCCUUGGCAACUGAAGAAGCAGAAGUUCAAUAUGAUCCAAAGAUUGUGAACUACACCCAGAUAUUGGAAGCCAUAGAAGACACUGGAUUUGAAGCCAUACUUAUUAGUUCAGGGGAAGACAUAAGCAAGAUAGCACUCAAAGUUGAUGGUUUUCGUACUGAUCAUUCCCUGAGAAUUAUUGAGGAGUCUCUUCAAGCACUUCCAGGUGUUCAGGAUAUAAACGUAUCUCCAGAACUCAACAAAAUAUCCCUUUCCUACAAACCUGAUAUGACAGGACCUAGAAAUUUCAUUAACGUGAUUGAGUCAACCGGGUCAAAACGUUUCAAGGCUAGAAUAUAUCCUGAAGGAGGAGUAAGGGAAACUCAUAGAAAGGAUGAAAUUAAGCAAUAUUAUAGAUCCUUUAUGUGGAGUCUGAUUUUUACAAUUCCCGUCUUUCUAACUUCCAUGGUUUUUAUGUAUAUUCCUGGAAUAAAGAAUGCAUUUGAUACCAAAGUUGUCAAUAUGCUGAGUGUUGGAAUGGUUUUAAGGUGGGUGCUAUCAACUCCAGUGCAAUUCAUCAUAGGCCGGCGAUUCUACAUUGGGGCCUACAAAGCGCUACGCCAUGGUUCUGCUAAUAUGGAUGUUUUGAUUGCCUUAGGAACAAAUGCAGCCUACUUCUUUUCUGUCUACUCUGUAUUGAGAGCUGCUACCUCUAAAGAUUUCAAGGGUACUGAUUUCUUUGAGACUAGUGCAAUGCUUAUCUCAUUUAUUCUACUUGGGAAGUACUUAGAGGUUUUGGCUAAGGGAAAGACAUCUGCAGCUAUUGCCAAACUUAUGGACUUGGCACCUGAGACAGCAAUAUUGUUAACCGUGGAUAGUGAAGGAAACGUCGUGAAUGAAGAAGAAAUUGACAGUCGGUUGAUACAAAAGAAUGAUGUAAUUAAAAUUAUUCCUGGAGCGAAAGUAGCUUCAGAUGGUUUUGUUAUCUGGGGUCAAAGCCACGUAAAUGAGAGUAUGAUAACAGGAGAAGCACGGCCAGUUGCAAAAAGGAAGGGUGACACAGUGAUUGGAGGCACUGUGAAUGAGAAUGGUGCGUUGCACAUAAAAGCAACAAGAGUAGGAUCAGAAAGUGCUCUUUCACAGAUUGUUCGACUUGUUGAAUCGGCCCAGUUGGCUAAAGCUCCUGUUCAGAAGUUUGCCGAUCGCAUUUCUAAAUUCUUUGUGCCCCUGGUCAUUAUACUUUCAUUUUCAACUUGGCUUGCCUGGUUUUUAGCUGGAAAGUUCCAUUGGUACCCAAAAUCUUGGAUUCCAUCUUCCCUGGACAGCUUUGAGCUUGCACUCCAGUUUGGGAUAUCAGUCAUGGUCAUAGCCUGCCCUUGUGCUCUAGGUCUAGCAACACCCACUGCCGUUAUGGUUGGCACUGGAGUUGGUGCAUCUGAAGGUGUACUUAUCAAAGGGGGUAAAGCAUUAGAAAGUGCACAUAAGGUAAACUGCAUUGUAUUUGACAAGACGGGAACUCUCACAGUUGGAAAGCCUGUUGUCGUUAACAGAAAACUCUUGAAAAAUAUGUUACUGCAAGAAUUCUUAGAACUUACAGCUGCAACUGAGGUGAACAGUGAGCACCCAUUAGCGAAGGCCGUAGUUGAGUAUGCCAAGAAAUUCCGAGAAGAUGAAGAGAACCCUGCCUGGCCAGAAGCACGAGACUUUGUUUCCAUUACUGGCCAUGGGGUGAAGGCCAUUGUCCGGAACAAGGAAAUAAUUGUAGGAAACAAGAGCUUGAUGUUGAGCCACAACAUUGCAAUUCCAAUGGAUGCCGAAGAGAUACUAGCAGAAGCUGAAAGGAUGGCCCAAACUGGGAUUCUAGUAUCCAUUGAUAGGGAAGUGGUAGGAGUUCUAGCCAUAUCUGAUCCACUGAAACCAGGUGCAGAAGAAGCUAUUUCCAUACUGAAGUCUAUGAAAAUUAAGAGCAUCAUGGUGACAGGCGAUAAUUGGGGAACUGCCAAUUCCAUUGCCAAAGAAGUUGGAAUUGAAACUGUUUUUGCAGAAGCCAAACCUGAGCAGAAAUCAGAGAAAGUAAAGGAUCUGCAGGCUUCAGGCUACAUUGUUGCAAUGGUGGGGGAUGGCAUAAAUGACUCACCAGCCCUCGUGGCUGCAGAUGUUGGAAUGGCAAUUGGUGCUGGCACAGACAUUGCUAUCGAGGCAGCAGACAUUGUUCUCAUGAAGAGCAACUUGGAGGAUGUCAUAACUGCCAUUGACCUUUCCCGGAGAACCUUCUUCCAUAUCCGGCUGAACUAUAUUUGGGCUUUAGGAUAUAAUCUGCUUGGCAUCCCAAUUGCUGCUGGGGUUCUAUUCCCAUCCACUGGAUUCAGGUUACCCCCAUGGAUUGCAGGAGCUGCAAUGGCAGCCUCUUCUGUAAGUGUUGUUUGCUGCUCUCUUCUGUUGAAAUAUUACAAGAGGCCCGAGAAGCUGGACAACCUUGAGAUACGUGGAAUAAGGAUAGAGUGAUUGUUGAUGAUGGUGUUGAUAUAGUUUGGUGUAAAUGCAUGUAGGAAUGAAGUUCUCGUAGGAAUAAAUGUAGAGGAGUGUGCUGGAUUUUUUUUUUUUUUUUUUCUCUGAAGAAUGGAAGUGUUGGUUGAAGAAAAUAAAAUUCAUUUGAGCAAGGUACCUUAUUUGAUUGGAUGGCCUCCCUUGUACAUUUGGUGUUAAAGUUAAUCUGUAAAUAAAUGGACUUUUAUGCAGUGAAGAUCAAUGAAGCCUUUGAGGUGAACCAA